GAAAGAGAUAAGACUUUGUUAGAUUUUCAUCUUUAGGCUCCUCUCCUCACCAAUCAAAAUUCUCACAAAAUAUAAAACACAAAAAAAAAUAAAAACAAAGAAAAAGAAAAAAAGAAUUAUUCACUCAUUUCCACUUCUGCAAGCAGCAAAGUAGAGGAAGAAGAAGAAGAAGAAGAGCAGCAAUGGCUAACAUGAUCAUGGCUUCCUCCAAAGCCCUAAUGCCCACCGCUCUCCCUGCCCCAAGGCUCAAAAUUUCGGCUUCCCUUCCGAAAUUAACCCUACCCGAACUCCCAAAACGCAACCAAUUCCACUCCCUCUCCUCCUCCAGUUUGAAAUCCCUAUCGGUGAUUCUGGGCACCGCCCUCGCGGCGGCGCCGCCGUCCAUGGCGGAGGAGAUCGAGAAGGCGUCGCUGUUCGACUUCAACCUGACGCUGCCGAUAAUCAUGGCGGAGAUCCUAUUCCUGAUGUUCGCGCUGGACAAGAUCUACUUCAGCCCGCUGGGGAAGUUCAUGGACGAGAGGGACGCGGCCAUCAGGGAGAAGCUGAGCAGCGUGAAGGACACGUCGGCGGAGGUGAAGCAGCUGGAGGAGCAGGGCGCGGCGGUGAUGAAGGCGGCGCGUGCGGAGAUAUCCGCCGCGCUCAACAAGAUGAAGAAGGAGACGCAGGAGGAGGUGGAGCAGAAGCUGGCGGAGGGGCGUAAGAAGGUGGAGGCGGAGCUCACGGAGGCGCUGGCCAAGCUGGAGACCCAGAAGGUGGAGACCAUAAAGGCUCUCGAUUCCCAGAUUUCAGCUCUCAGUGAUGACAUUGUCAAGAAGGUCCUCCCUGUUAAUUAGGAAUUUUUUUCUAUCAAUCUAUGAAAAAAGAAGAAAAAAAAUUAUAUAUUACAAAUAUGCUGCUGCAUCUAAAUCCCACUCUUUAAAUCUAAUUUGUAUAAAUUCUAUUUAGAGAUUUUCAGUUUUACGUAAAUUUCUAAAUUAUCAAAGGCCUUCAAAUUUAGUUGA